AUGCCGCAGCUCGGCUUCCUAUGGAAGUCUCAGCUUAGGUCCCUGAGUGAUAUGCUGAAUGAUCCCACAAUGACUGAUCAAGAUUUUAUUUGGAAAUCUCAGUCCCUAAGCGAGAUGCUGAGUGAUCCCACGAUGAGCAAACUGUUGAUGGGAGGCGGUGGAGGGGCAGGCGGACUGGGGGCUGCAGGCCUGGGAGGCGGACUAGGAGGUUUAGGGGGCGGAAUCGGGGGCCUAGGAGGUGAGUCUUCUUUAAACUUGGGAUCUCUGAUGGAGAACCCAAUGCAAAUGUUGACAGAUCCCACAAUGAGGCAGCUGUUAACUUCCGGAGGCGGGGCGUCAGCAGGGGGUAUCGACCCAGCCACCUUGUCGGCUCUGAUAGACAUGCAGAGUGCACCUUUACUGGACACAAACAUGCUAACUCAGCUCAGCCAAUUAAACGACCUCAUUCCCCCCGCCCCCACCACCCCCAAACCAACUAAACCAGCUACAGUGAAACCAGCUUCAACCAUCAAUCUUUCAAUAGGAGGUUCCUCUGCUACUUUGGGAAAGGACCAAUCACUUGCAGACCUUAUCAAAAGACUUCAGUUGAAAAGAAAGAAGAAGGAAGCUGCUGAGGCCGCUGCAGCCGCCAUAGAAACUGUUCCUAAUGGCAACCUAGGUGCAGUGUUUUCAGAAACCCUCAAACCCAGUAACCUCAACCCUAACUUACCAGUAGCAAAAAUUCUGGAACUUGCUAAAGACGGAAUCGGUGUUGCUCCAAAUCUUCAAAACAUGGUUUGCCCUACAAAACAGUGUCCCUUCCCUUUAGCGUGUGGUAAUCCGGUAAAAACUUACACACCCGAAACAUUCUUCGUUUGCCCGGAAUGUCCAAUGUGCCCCGGGGACAUUCUCAAAGGUGUUUCUGCCAGACUAGGGAAAGUUGUCAGGAUAGCAAAUGCAAAGAAAAAGAAGACCAAGGCAGCAACCUCUAAUAGCGCACGAUAUUCGUCUUAUGACGUCAUGAACUUCGCAGGAUGAAUUCUGCAAUCCUAAAGUUCAUAGCUGGAUUUUCACCUCAAAAGACCAGUGCUAGGGAAGUUAAACUCAUUGACCACCAUAAACACUGUAUCAUUCAUGUGUUCAUACAAUGUAACCAUAACUAGGCUUUUGUGUAUGAUAUAAAUUACACAAAAACCAAUUUGUGUGAUAACUUUCACGACUAGAAUACUCUCUGUUUGCUGAGUUCCAUAUAUAUUUGUUACUGGUUAUGCUAAUACUGUUUAUUCACAACCAGCGCUUA